AAGUCCAUUGAGAGUGUGAUUUGGCUGAGUAGUCCGAAAAUAAAGCAAGAUUUUCGGGCAGAACACCGAUCGUCCGUUGCAAAGCGACGGAGUUGGGGAACGCGAAAAGAAACGACACGAAAAAACAUCAAGCAAAGAAGGGCACGGGAAACUUGCGUGCAAGAGCUUCUCGGCACGAAUGAUUACACCUAGGCCAGUGCGCCCGAAACGCGUACGAUCGUACCGAAAAGGCAUUGACUUGCCUUAGAUACACGCAGUGCGGUGAUAUUUAGUGCAAACCUUAGUGCCUGGUCUAGGAUAUGGCCUCGCUGUCCUGGAAGCUGCCGGCCAAAAUGUAUGGUAUUCAAGCCCAUAGCAGCAUAGUAACAUGCCUAGAUAUUGGAGAAACUGGACGAGUUUUGGUCACCGGAGGUCAGGAUCGAAGCAUAAAGCUAUGGACGUUCGGUGAUGAGAAAUGUUUUAUGACCCUAUCCGGGCAUAAUUCCUCCAUCGAUUGCGUAAGGUUCGCCUACAAGGAUGAUUUCGUCUACUCGUCGGAUGACACUGGCGUGAUUAAGCGAUGGAAUCUGAACGUUUCCGACUCGAUCUCGCUGUAUGGGCAUAUGAAAAGCGUCCGUUCGCUAGAUACUCACCCGUACAGCGAUUUUUACGUCGUAUCCGGCAGCAACGACACCACCAUCCGGCUCUGGGACGUCCGACAGAAGAGUAGCAUCAAGCAGUACCGGGGCCACAUGGCGCACGUCAACUCGGUCAAGUUCUCCCCCGAUGCGUGUUGGAUCGCUUCAGCUGGUACUGAAGGAAGCGUCAUCAUUUGGGAUAUACGCAUGAGCAAGCCGUUUAUGGAGUUCAACGAGCAAAUGAAACCUGCCACGUGCGUGAAGUACCACCCCACCGAUCUCUUGAUGGCCGCCGGGCGUAAAGACGGUUCCGUCGAGCUGUAUGAUCUCGAAAAGCGGGAAAUGAUCACACAAAUCCCGCCGGCAACCAACACCGCAUCCAGAACCGGUGUUCAUCCAGUGGAAUCCCUCACGUUCGAUGACAGCGGCAAAUGCCUGUUCGUCGGAACAACCGGGGCCAUAACGGUGAUCGGCUGGGAACCGGAUCGAGAGUUUGACCGGAUCGACGCGUACUGGAGCCAGCUGGGUGACAUGAAAAUUGUCGGCUCGAAGCUGCUUAUCGGCACGUACGAUGAGACAUCGGUUGCCAUACACGCUGUCCAGUUGGGGCACCUGCGUGCGUUUUACAACCCUCAAAAUCAACCCCAAUUGUUCACCCACAAUCAAACCUCGCGUAAGAGCUUCAGCAGAGGCAGCGGCAAAGUGCGGCUGUCGAUCGGGACUGGAAGUGGGGCUGGUAGCGGUGCCGGUGGUGCUGCGUUGUCCUCGAACGGUGGACCGGAUGCGGCAGAUGGAACUGGUAACGGUGGUGGCAUGUCUCCAAAUCUGAACAUCGAAAUGAUCGACGAGGAAGAUGCUAACUGUGGUGGUGCGUUUGAUUUCGUUGUGCCUCUAGCGAAAAGCUCACACGACGACCUCGGAAACGGUGGUUCCGCUCCCGUACGGUUUCCGGUAGGCCCAGGGGAAAACACUCGGUCACCUUCACUAUCACCAACCUUCAUCGAAAAACAUAACCUGAAAUUGGAGACUAAACACUUGCCCAAUCUGCUUCCGAUGAUCCUCCGGAAAGAUGUGGGCAAAGAAGACUUCCCGGUAAAUAACGCGCAACCUCCAGAUUACGCGCCCAAAGGCGCUGGACCGCCCACAUCCGGUCGAUCCGGAAUGGCAUUUGUGAAUGGCACCUCGUCCGGGAGCGUAUCGAACACCGGAAAAGCUGCUGAAACUGGAACUAGUAGACGAAGCGCAAACUUGCGUUCAAACUCCGGAGCUGGUACCGAACAGCGCCGCCCGGGAAGCAUCCACGGAGGCGUUGGCCACAGCCGUUCGGCGGGUAAUCUGGUCCGGCGGCUUGCCACAUCGAAGAGCACGCUCGAGUUGAAUAAAGUGCGCCUCGAUGAAACAUACAUAAUCGAGGAACCGAUCAGUCGGGGCAGCUCACCAAUUCGGCCGCAGAUUACGAGUCUGCGCAACGGUUCCGGAAGUUCCAGUGAUCGGCAGCGGCAGCAUAACAGCAACGUGAAGGUGCAGAUCGUCACCAAGCCGGUCCGAUCGAAGACGUCACUCGAUAUACGCCAUCACGCACAGCGAUCGGCGACGGCGAUGGUGGCACCGGCUCCUGGAACGUAUAGGCACCAAAUAACCAGCUUUGACCAACCGGUCGUGGCCGGUUUGCACGGGGACGUUUUGUCUGAGAUCGGUGGCGCCGGAAUUAACGUGGGAGCUUUGCUGCUAGAUCGACCUGCCGGACCGACCAACAUCCGGAAUGGUGGGCAUGAGAGCUCGAGCAUGGAGUAUGGGAUACAGGUGUUGCGGAAUGAGCACGAUGCCACGUUGCAGGCGUUGUGCAACCGGACCGCGUUGUUAUCUGCCAUCAGGAAUUAUACGAAAACUGGUGAUGUGGCUGGGGCGCUUAAGGUGGCGGUGCGCAUGAACGAUCAACACAUCCUGGUGGAUUUGCUUGGUGCGAUACUCGAGAAAACCUCUCAAUGGACGCUCGAUAUGUGUGUGUUGUUGCUUCCGAAGGUGUACGAUUUGUUGCAGAGCGAGUACAAAUUUCACUUCACUCGUGCCUGCGAUACUUUGCGCGUCAUACUAUCCACGUUUCUUCCCGUAAUCCGAGAAAAUACCGAUCCAUGGGGCUCCCGCAGCAUCGGCGUGGACGUUAGCCGCGAGGAGCGCCAAAGAAAGUGCAUGGAGUGCAAGAACUGGCUGCUGCGGAUACGAUGUUUGCCAGAGAACCCCAAGAUGGGCACCAACCUGCAGCAGUUGCAGAACAUGAUCGUCGACAUCUGA